AUGCGGGUGCUGGUGUUUGAGCGUGCUGCGGAGCUUGCUGCUGUUUCGCGCUUCGAAGUUGCUGCUAGUGAUGUGGUGGUGGUGACAACAAAUGUGUUGACGAAGGAGUUUAGCAGGUGUUUGGCGAAUCCUUUGGAGACUCCGGAGCAGCAGCAGCAGCUGCAGCAGCAGCUGCAGCAGCAGCAGCAGCGGCGCAGGCGUGGCGACCUGUUCCUCACGGGCGCAGCAGCAGAGCAGCGCUUCUGGGACCAGUUUAUUGCCCACGGGGAGCCCGCCGCAGCAGCAGCAGCAGCAGCAGCAGCAGACCCCGAGGAGCCGAGCUUGCUGCAGCGGCUGGCGACGACGAUGCCGCGGGAGCAGCAGCAGCAGCUGGUGUCUUUGCUGCGGCGGCGCAGCCGCCAGCCGCGGAGCGCGGCCGGCAGCUGCAGCAGCAGCAGCAGCAGCAGCAGCAGCAGCAGCAACGGACUACUCUGCGCAAAGUCCCCGCUGCUCGGAGUCCACUUCGCACGAAUUGCUGUUGAUGAGGGCCACCGCCUUAUCCACAGCGGCAGCUUGCACGUGCAGCUCGCCUGCGCGCUCAAGGCCGACAAACGGUGGGCGUUGACGGGCACUCCGACGGACCGGCUGUCUCUGGAGAAGGCCCUGGCGGGUUUGCGGGCCAUUUGCGAAUUUUUGCGUCACCCAAUAACAAAUAAACGCAUUUUUACUGGGGGCCCCGGGGGGGGCCCCUCCCUGUUUCGGAGCAGCGUGGUGCGCGGGGUGAGCGAGUGGGGUUUGCUGUUUUGCCACUACCGGCUGCAGCAGCUGCUGGAGGGUUUGCUGGUGCGGCACACAAAAGGACUUUCUUUGUUUUUACCUCCUUUGAGGGGCCCCGUCGUUUAUUCCAUUAAAAUGGGGGAAGACGAAAAAGCGACUUACAACGACCUCGUCGAACUCACCCGCAGGAACCUCUUCUGCACCUACUUCUCCCGCAGCAACCCCGACUCGCUGCUGCACUGCAGCAACCGGAGCAGCUGCAGCACGGUGCUGUGGAACCUGCGCUUCAGCUGCGCGCUGCGCUGCGAGGCCCACCUGCUGGUGCAGCGGAAGUGGGUGGAAGAAACUUUGCAAAUGCUCGGCGACAAACACCCCAAGUACACAAACCCCUUUCCCUACGCCUUCCCCUUCCGCAGACUCGUCUUCGUC